AUGCCUCCCCCCUUCUCGCACAAUGAGGCCACCCUGAGAGGUGUUCUCUUCACCCUCAUGCUUGCCGAGCUCGUCUGGAUCGCAAGCAUGCUUGGCUCCAUCUACGAGGAUCACAUGGAAUGGGAUCCCCUCACCGGCCUGCCUCUACCUCUCGAUGACGACGACGUCGACGAUCAGGCGGAACCAGCUGUCGCUCCGCAAGUCCAGUCCAAGCCUACUUUCGACAGUUUUCUGAGCACGUGCAGGAUUGGCCCGCCUUCCCUUGUCUCGCUUGCCGUAUACGCCAUCUUCGACUCGUGA